AUGAUUGGCCGUGUGCUGCUGGUGUGUGCCCUCUGCGUGCUGUGGUGCGGUGCGGUUUUUGGACACGCGAUGGACGAUUACUGCAGUGAGGGUGGUGGGAACGGUUUGAGGCACACGAGUAAUGGUGGAGAUGACGGCGUGUCUCUAAAGGCGUACUGCGGGUUGUUAUCCACUCGAAUGGCAUUAAUAAAGGCGGUUGAAGCUGCGGAUGCUGGACAAGAUGAAUUGAGUGGUGGUCCAGGCCCAUCUCAGGAUACCAGGGAACCAUUGCAGAAUGAUACGGAGGGCAGUGCAGCGGCUGGUUCAAAAGGAAAUUUUUCCCCAGGUCAACCAGAAACAGCAAUACCGCCGAAGCCUGGAGGAUCAGGUAAAGGAGGACAGGAGGAAAAGCCAGGGGUUUUGGGUCCAAAUGAUGGAGAACAUACCGACAAUAAAAAAAAUACAAGUGAAACUCAUCUCGAAAAACCAAGAACUAAUCAGUCUUCUUCUUCAUCAUCUUCUGGCAGCCCUGGCACUAAGAGUGGCAACGAUGGUAACUUGGAGAAUACUUCCGAGAGAAAUGAAUCCCAAAAAGAGACAACGACGGAAGAAAAAAGAGAUCAUCGCAGUAAAUCUGACAGUCCUGAAUUGGAGGCCGGAGGAGAACCAAAAAAAACAGGAGACAAAAAAAACGCAACUCAUGAGG